AUGCCCGUUAUGCUGUUGCGCAACUUGAACCUUGGAGCUGGGCUGGCCAACGGAACCCGGCUGAGGAUCAAGGCCAUGAAAUAUCGGGUCAUCCAAGCCGAGAUCCUCACCGGACCGAAGGAAGGGGAGGACGUAUUCAUCCCUCGCAUUACCCUCGACGCGGCUAAGCACGCCAACGCGCCAUUUCCCUUUCAGCGCAAGCAAUUCCCACUGCAGCCGGCUUUUGCGAUGACGAUCAACAAAGGGCAGGGUCAGACGCUGGAAAUGGUCGGCUUGGAUCUCACGCAUGAAGUCUUCGGUCACGGACAGCUGUACGUGGCAUUAUCUCGCGUCGGCGACGCUACCAGGCUGUUCGCUUAUGGUGGCGACUUGGAUAAUGUCCGCAAUGUCGUCUAUCGGGACGCUGUCCUCUAGCCGAAUUCUUCUCACACAUUUGCCUGUCUCCAGCGCGUGUCUCUUCUCUCUUCCACAUGUCAUGUCUCUGAUUCUUGACCCCUCUCUUCGUCUUCAGGCGGUUUUCUCGCUGUCCUCUUUCUCCUCUUUCUGAGCCUUGCACAUGUGAACACCGCUCUCCUCGCCUUCUGUCGUUUUUCUCACUGUCGUCCCUUUUCCCCUCUUUCUCAGCUCUUCUGCUGUCGCCCAUUAGAUUGGCCUUUUAAUUUCGCUCAUGACAUGCUGUGUUCUCG